GGACCUCUAACUGCUCUCACACUAUCUUCUCCGACCGCUCUACUACCCUCUCUGUCUCUCUAUCAGAGAUGGGGGCUGCCUUCAAGAGGUUCUGUGCUCGGUUCUGUUGCUGCUGCUGCUGCUAUAGCGAUGAUGAAAGUGAGGAGGAGAAGGAGCCUUUAAUCAGUCCUGACACUUUGGAGUACUUUGACCGCGAGGCGAAGAAGCGAAGGGAACAGGAACAGAAUCUAUGGAGUGAGCCAGGCGACCCGAGCCACUCGGAGAGAGACGAUGACCGGAUCCUGUACAACCUCAUCCAGAACAGGAACCAGACCCGCAGGGGCUCGCUGGCACACCGGCGUCUGAGUGUGGACAUUGAGGGUAUGAGAGAUCUGCGUCGGGAGGUCAGGGACAAGUGGAAGAUGAUCCUGGAGAAUUUAGGGUUCAUGGCGGAGGCGGAGUCUCUGCUGACGGUGUCUGCCAGUGCGUCGUAUGACCGUAUGAAGAACGCCUCGGCGUCACGCACACUACUGCACACUCUCCACUCUGAGACGUCUAUCUUCAACACCCGGGAGGCCCCACCUGAGAGAUACCUCUUCAUCCUGGAUCGUCUCAUAUACCUGGAUGCUGCUGAGGACUUCUUGGCGAAGGCUAGACGCUUCUAUCCCAAGCGUGAUACUGAUGAUGAAGAUGAGGACAACCCAUUAGCCGUCAACCUGCCGUUGCUACUGGCCAGAGUGAACCGCACCAUGAACGGAGAAGGGGGCGAUGAUGAGGACGAGAGGCUGGAUGAGGAAGAUGGGAGUGGAAGAGAGGACAACUUCUAGACAGAACAGGUGCUGCAAUGACCUCAAACAGUAGACAGGGGGCAGUAGUUAGUUUAUUUUGCAGAGUUGGGAGUAUACAGUACUAGGAUGUCUGAUUCUGAAAAUACUCUCCCAAUUUGCACUAACACUAGGGGCUCUAUUCAAUCUGUGUUGCUGAAGUGUUACAAAUUGUGCAAUAGAAAUGUAAAGGUCAUUUUUGAUUGAACAGACAUAUGCAGUGUUUACCGUGAAUGCAGUCUCUGCUAACACGGGAACUUUGCCUUUACAUUUCAAUCACUCUGUAACGCUGCACUUCCGCGAUUCAAAUUUAGUAGAGCCUGAGGUUUCAACAAAAAAAUACAGCUUUCCUUUCUCCUCAUCAGAACCGUGAUCCAAUAUGGUUCUGUUUUUCUUAUUUUUCUGUUUAGGCAUACUUAGCUGGGUCUCAGAUAUAUUAGGGAGAGUUUUGGAGGUUAUCACCCUGCCAUUUUUUUAAUCCAUCUGACAGUGUUAGUUACCCAACUCCUUGGGUCUGUUCAUUAUUGGUCUCCACCAGGGAACACAGUGGACACAGUAAACACAGCACUGAAACCCGUAGGGCACAGCUGUCCUGUUCCACAUCAGCACUUUGUCUCAUGAUUAUCAGCACUUGUUUUAUCUAGUCACAAGACAGUAUUUUAAAACCAGUAAUUAAGAUUACCUUGUAAUAAAUGUGUAGUAAACAAAUUAAAAAUAUUUUUGAGUUGUCAAUUUCCUUACGGAUCAUGCUUAUCAAGAGGUACUAGUGUAUUUUUGUUCAUGAAGUUUACAGAGAUGAGUUUAGUAACAAAAUGACUCAACUUUGAAUGAGUGUGUGGGUCUGUGUGAACAGUGGAGGUUGCAGUAUGUGGGUAUCUAAUGGUCACUUAAAGUACAUGUCAAGAUUGUGAGAGCAUUUGGGAUGUUUGGUGAGUUGAAGGGGAUGCAGCAUGUGUCUUAUGUUCUAUUG